GUCACAGACAAGACUUCCUUUCUAAUACACUCCUUCUUCAAAAGUGGGCCUUAUUACUCAAUACUCAUCAUCUUCUUCUUCUUCUAUUAUUAUUAUAAUAUUUUUCAUUUAAUAAUUAUUAUUGUGGCUGAUCUGAUCCAACUUCUCUCCUCCAGUUGCAUAGUUUUCCGUAAACUAGCUAUUUCUUUUUCGGCAAUGGCUGUUUUGGAAAAGUUUAAUUCAUUAGGUGAUAAUGACGAUGAACAGGAAUAAAGAUGAAGCUAGUAAAAGUGGUUGUCUACUGAUCUCCAUUUCUUGUUUCCACUGAAAAAUCCUACACCGCCCUAGCUCAACUGCUUUGGCUUUUAUUCAAUUCUGACAUUUCGAAUCUAUGGAGGAAUCGUUAGUGGUGGAUGUUCUAAACGACGAACAUACGGUGGAAGGGAAUGCUUCGACGAAACCACUUCUUGAGGUUUCGGUUUCUUUUGGUAGAUUUGAGAAUGAUUUAUUGUCUUGGGAGAAAUGGUCGACUUUCUCUCCUAAUAAGUAUUUGGAAGAAGUUGAGAAGUACGCAACUCCCGGAUCUGUUGCUCAGAAGAGGGCUUACUUUGAAGCUCAUUACAAGAAGAUAGCGGAUAGGAAGACUAAGUUACUGGAGCAAGAGAGGGAAAUGGAAUUUAAUACUACUGUAUCGAAUGGUGGAGCAGAUCUGAUGGAUCAUAGUGAAAGGGCUGAUUCUGAAUCCGAGACGUCCAACCACCAUGUUUCUGUUGAAGAAGUUGACCAAAGCACGAUGUUGACUGGUGAAGUCAGUAGUAGUGUUUAUCAUGAAGUGGUGAAGAAUGAUGUUGAAAGUAAUGUAGAAUGUGAAAGCUUACCAGAUGGUGAAAAGGAAGAGCCUGAAGGCAAAUUUGAUUGUGUUGGUUCCGACUCCGAGAUACGUAAACAAGAAGAGGUUGUAGUGAAAGAAGUAGAAACUCCUACUCCUCCGGUUGAAUCAUCUCAAACUACGAAGGAAACUCCACAAAAAUCGGUAAAUAAAGUAUCAGCAAUAUCUAAAGUCAAACAGCAGAUUCUGAAACCAAAUCGACCAAAAGAAUCUAAGAAGACCACUCCAAUAGUUAAGGAACGAAACAGUGCAGGUGUCAAGAAGAAACCGGUAUCGUCCACAGCCAAAGCACCCCAGACUUUGACCCCCAAGCUCUCGAAGACAACACCAGGACCCACCACACCUGCAGCGCGGUCUUCUGUGUUACGGUCCUCUGUAAACAAGGGAAGUAAUUCAUCUCUAUUAAGGAGCCGGAAUCCAUCUUCCGUUGAAAGCAAGAAAGUAGCGCCUAAGUCUCUGCAUAUGUCUCUUAGUCUGGGAACUCCCAACUCUGAUCCAUCUUCUGUUAACGGAAUUAGAAGAUCUUUCAUCAUGGAGAAAAUGGGCGACAAGGACAUCGUAAAACGGGCAUUUAAGACAUUUCAGAACAGUUUGAACCAAAUGAAAUCGUCUCCUCAGGAGGAGAAGUCUUCUGCUCCAAAGAUGGUUCCUGCGAAAGAGAGAGAAACAACAAAAAUCUCAACUUCCGUGGCUGCUAAAAAGGAGAAUGGAGGGAUGCACAAAUUAAGUGGUACAAUAAGAGGUGCAGAUAACAAAACUGCCAGGGUUGCUCCAUCUCAAAAGUUGGAAGGAAAAGUCAAUGCAAAAGUGAUUGGGAGAACAAACCUCCAAUCAAAAUCUAAGGUUGCCCCAUCUCAGAAAAUGGAGGAGAAAUUUAAUGCCAGAGAGGGAGGAAGAACAAAUCUUCUAUCAAAAUCAAAGGAUGCUUCAAGAAACGGGCUUCGCUCUUAAGUUUUGUAGAUUGGAAAUAAACCAUCAGGUACCCGGAGAUGCAUCAACGACCGAAACUAAAUCCACUGGACAUUGUUGGAAAUUUCUUCACCAUUCUCCUCAAAAGGCUUUGUCAUAAAUUCAUUGUAGCCGUCUUUGUCGAUCCAGAGUCUGUAGAUUGGAGAGGGAUAAUGAAGCAUAUGGUGUCAUUUUACGAGGUUCAUUAGUAAUAUACAGAAAGCUCGGGGGGAUCUGCUUGGAACAGCCCCCAUUUAUAUAUAUAUAACUAGAAAAGAGCAUCUGUGUGUAUGUUGUAUUGUCUUAGAAUUUGCCUUUACUUUCUUUCAGAUAGUUGCAAAUGGUAUAUAUAUAAUGUAUACUUCGUAGUACCCAUUUGCUACAUAAUGUUUGAUGAUACCACAAUCUUAGUGUAGAUGGAGGACUUUGGAAUAGACAUCAUGUUGUCUUUUUCCUUUUUUCGAUCGAAUAAUUUUCACUCAUUGUAAAAUCAAAGCUUUUGUAAUUCAUUUGGAUGAUGCUUAGAUUUGCACAUCAUAGACUGAAUGCUAUGAUGAAAUUUUAUCAAACAAUUUAAGUACAUGAAAAAAUGCCCUAUUGUUA